AUGGUUAUUCGUCGCCUUGACGACAUCAUCCCGAAAGCCUAUUCACUCCCCUUGGACAUUCGCGAUUAUUUUGAAGGAGUUCGAACGGGAGACGAAGGCGAGUAUGAAGAGGUCAGCCUCCCCCGGACCCACAACAACACGGCUAGGAUGAACCGAGCUGGUUUCAUCGAAGAGCCCAACUACAAGGAGACCCGCGACGGCAAAGGCCACAUGAUCAGAUGCUACCGCUGCAACAUGACCGCCAACGGCCGCGACAUCAUCCCUUGUGACUUCUGUCCGGCGAAAUGGCACUUGGACUGUAUAGACCCGCCUCUUGCCGUGCCGCCUCGACGCCGCGCAGGUGACAAACCUGGUGCAUCGUGGCGUUGUCCUCUCCACGUUGAACACGACUUGGUGGCUGUUGGUCGGCAGAGCGAGAAAGCCCCGGGCGAGCUCGGUCGCGUCCCGCGAUUACGCAAGCCAAAGAACGCCGUGCCACUCGACGUCAGCGUGACCCGAGGCUUUAGAAACAAUGGAAUCAUCGAGGUCGACCUAAUGAAAGACCAGCCCGAAUUCGACAAGACCAAGGAAGUCCAAAUGCAUGGCAAGAUUUACCGAAUUCCGGAGAUGGGUAUUAGAUUGGAUUUCAUCGAUCGAGUGAAGAAGAGCUGGUAUGAAGAUCAAUCCUUUCCCAGACUAAUGGAUGCUCCCAAGAGGAUACGAAAUCGGAAAUAUCGCCCUGAUGGAGCUGUUCUCCAUCAUCCGCCCACACAGACGAUUGUCAAGAUUCGAGAACCCGACUUCUUCACGGGUGCGAAUGCUCUGGCCAUCACAGAGACGGCCAAAGCAAACGUCGCGUUGCGGAGACGAUCAAUUCGAGAACAGCAAACUGUGUUGAAUCUUGCUGAAAUGUCGCAAAAGGGGAUUGACGGCUACUCUGGGGAUGCGUUGGCCGAGUUGACAAAUCAGCUGAUCAGCGAAGCUCCCUUUGAAGUGGUAGAUGCCGUCGAAAGGACCGAGCUGGAUCAACUCCUCGAAUUGCAAGAGCUUAUCAACAAGAGGCUUGCUUUUUUGGGACACGCUACAAAUACUUCACGCUCGACAUCUAUGGAUGCUGGGACCUCCGAUGGCAACUUCACUAGCGACGAGAUUCCGCCCUCCCAAGAUCCAAAUAUUGAUCCGGCUCUACAUUGGCUGCCGUUGAACAAUCGGCCAAUAUCAUCAUCACCAGGGGUCACCAUUGAGGAUCUGCCAAUCGAUCCCGCAUUGCACACGGCGUCCGUGGCUAAUGUUUCAAAUCCAAAAAUAGUGAAUGGCGAUACCGUCGAAGUUCACGCAGUAGAGUCAGAUGAGGAAGAGGAGAUGGAGGAAGCAGAAGAACACGACGGCAAUGACGAAGAAGGCGACUCGCCUGCAGUUGACGAAGCCGCAGCCCGCAGGCGAGCUAAAGAGGAAGAAGACGCCCGAUGGCUUGCCGCAUUCUUUCCGCUGAGGAGUGAGCGUCCCGCAAGCUAUUCACCUGUCAACACGGCGGCUCAAGGGUAUGGAAAUGGGAGCAGCAUUGACGGGAUGGAGACGAGUCCUUGA